GCACUGCACACUUCGAGCCGUGACCGCGCAGCCGGCUCGACGGCAACCAUACUGCGCCCGGGCGAGGAAUACCAAGAAAAUAAAUAAAUAGCUAGAUGUGAUUAUGAAAGCCAUCAAUAAAGAGGGAUAUUUCGCCAGGACGGCGGAAUUAAAAGACAUUUUCAAUAAAGGAUGUAUUAAUCGUUCACCUGCGGACUUCUAUCAAGAUAAGAAAAUGAGACUUAAAACAGGAGUUGUAUUUUGGAAUCUCAUCUUUUUCAUGACGUUCUCUUGUGUGCAAGGUUUUAUUACUAACUGUGGUGGAACGUUAAAAGGAAGAAAUGGUACCAUAGAGAGCCCAGGUUUUCCAUAUGGAUAUCCGAAUGGUGCCAACUGUACAUGGGUAAUCAUCGCAGAGGAGAGGAACAGAAUUCAGAUCGUCUUUCAGUCUUUUGCAGUGGAGGAGGAAUACGAUUUUUUGUCUCUGUAUGACGGACAUCCCCAUCCAGCAAAUUUCCGGACUAGAUUGACAGGAUUCCAGAUCCCGCCCCCUGUCACCAGCACAGGGUCAGUUUUUUCUCUACGUCUUACCAGCGACUUUGCUGUAAGCGCUCAUGGAUUUAAAAUUUACUAUGAAGAGUUGCAGAGCAGCUCUUGUGGAAAUCCAGGUGUUCCACCUAAAGGUAUCCUCUAUGGGACGAGUUUCCAGGUGGGAGACAAGAUCCGAUACAGCUGUGUGACGGGUUAUGUCCUGGACGGGCACCCACAGCUGACUUGUGUCACCAACGCAGGCAAUGCUGCUGUGUGGGACUUCCCCAUCCCCAUCUGCAGAGCUGAAGACACUUGUGGUGGGACACUGAGAGGUACAAGCGGAAUCAUUUCCAGCCCAAAUUUCCCGGGUGAAUAUCACAACAGUGCAGACUGCACAUGGACCAUCCUUGCUGACCCAGGUGACACCAUCUCCAUCAUCUUCACCGACUUUCAGACAGAGGACAAGUAUGACUACCUGGAAGUCGAGGGCUCUGAGCCUCCUACAAUAUUGUUGUCUGGGAUGAAUAUACCUCCGCCUGUUGUCAGCAACAAGAACUGGCUAAGGUUACACUUUGUGACUGACAGCAAUCAUCGGUUUAGAGGCUUCAGCGCACAAUAUCAAGUGAAAAAGUCCGUAGAUUUUAAAUCCAGAGGAGUGAAGUUAUUUCCAGGCAAAGACAACAACAACAAAUUCCCCAUCUUGAAUGAUGGAGGCAUAAAACAAGCAUCAAAUUCCUGCCCUGACCCUGGGGAACCAGAGAAUGGAAAGCGCAUAGGGACAAACUUCAGCAUUGGUGCCACGGCUCUGUUCACUUGCGACGAGGACCACGUCCUUCAAGGCUCCAAAACCAUCACCUGUCAGAGGGUGGCUGAAGUGUUUGCGGCCUGGAGCGACCAUCGACCUGCCUGUAAAGUGAAAACAUGUGGAUCAAACCUCCAUGGGCCCUCUGGUACUUUCACCUCUCCAAACUUCCCCAUUCAGUAUGAGAGCAACUCCCAAUGUGUAUGGAUAAUUACCGCAAGCAACCCCAAUAAGGUAAUUCAGAUUAACUUUGAAGAAUUUGACUUGGAGAUUGGAUAUGACACGUUAACCAUUGGAGAUGGAGGAGAGGUCGGAGACCCUAGAGCAGUGCUCCAAGUGUUGACAGGCAGUUUUGUUCCUGACCUCAUUGUCAGCAUGAGUCACCAGAUGUGGCUCCACUUGCAGUCUGAUGAGAGCGUGGGAUCAAUAGGAUUCAAGAUCAACUACAAAGAAAUAGACAAAGAAAGCUGUGGGGAUCCUGGGACACCCCUGUAUGGGAUCCGAGAUGGAGGAGGCUUCUCCAAUGGGGAUGUGCUGCGGUUUGAGUGUCAGUUUGGGUUUGAGCUCAUCGGAGAGAGGACUAUCUCCUGCCAGAACAACAACCAGUGGUCUGCUAAUAUACCUAUUUGCAUAUUCCCCUGCUUGUCAAACUUUACGGCACCUGUGGGAUCUGUCCUGUCACCCGAUUACCCAGAAGGCUAUGGGAACAACCUCAACUGUGUGUGGCUCAUCCUCUCGGAACCUGGCAGCAGGAUACACCUAGCCUUCAACGACUUUGACCUGGAAGCGCCGUACGACUUCCUGGCCGUUAAGGACGGCGAGCUUCCGGAGUCAGCGGUCCUGGGGCGCUUCUCUGGGGCAGAGGUGCCCUCUCACCUCACCAGCAACACCAACGUGCUACGGCUCGAGUUCCAGGCUGACCACUCCAUGUCUGGCCGUGGGUUCAACAUCACCUACAGCACUUUUGGACACAAUGAGUGCCCAGACCCUGGGAUGCCCCUAAAUGCCCGACGCUUCGGGGACAGUUUCCAGCUGGGCAGCUCCAUCUCCGUGGUCUGUGAGGAAGGCUUUAUAAAGACACAGGGAGCAGAGACUAUCACCUGUGAGUUAAGCAAUGGGCAGGUGAUGUGGAGUGGACCCAUUCCAAAAUGUGAAGCACCUUGUGGAGGUCACUUCACCGCCCCCAGGGGGGUGAUCCUGUCUCCCGGGUGGCCAGGGUACUACAAGGACUCUCUCAGCUGCGAGUGGGUGAUCGAGGCCGAGCCAGGGCGCUCCAUUAAAAUCACAUUUGACAGAUUUCAGACAGAACUCAAUUAUGACUUUUUGGAACUUCACGAUGGGCCCAAUUUGCUGUCCCCGGUCAUCGGCUCCUUCAAUGGGACCCAGGUUCCCCAGUUUCUGUUCUCCAGUGGUAAUCAGCUGUACCUGCUCUUCACAACAGACAAUAGCCGCUCCAACAGUGGCUUCAAGAUCUACUAUGAAAGUGUAACUGUUGACAGCUACUCCUGUCUGGACCCGGGGGUCCCAGUCAAUGGGCAGCGUUACGGUCCGGAUCUGUCCAUUGGGUCUUCGGUUUCCUUUGGUUGUGACCCGGGCUACACGCUGAGUCACGAUGACCCGCUUGUCUGUGAGAAGAACCGCUGGUGGAAUCACCCACUGCCUGCUUGUGAAGCUCUCUGUGGCGGUGACAUCAGAGGCCCCAGUGGAACCAUUCUGUCCCCUGGAUACCCCGAGUUGUACCCCAGCUCCCUAAACUGCACCUGGACGGUGGAGGUUAGCCACGGAAAAGGAGUUCAUUUCACCUUUCACAGCUUCCAUUUGGAAGAUCACCAUGACUACUUAUUGAUCACAGAAAAUGGCAGCUUCACUCAUCCACUGGCACGACUCACAGGCUCCGUACGGCCUUCUGCGGUUAACGCCGGGCUCUACGGGAACUUCAAAGCUCAGCUGCGCUUCAUUUCCGAUUUCUCCAUAUCGUUCGAAGGAUUCAACAUCACAUUCUCAGAAUAUGACUUGGAGCCAUGCGAGGACCCUGGAAUGCCUAGGUUUGGCUGGCGCAUGGGCCACAGCUUUGGUGUGGGAGACGCGCUCAGGUUCUCCUGCAACGCAGGCUACCGCCUGGAGGGGGUGCCAGAGGUUGUGUGCCUGGGGGGUGGACGGCGCAUGUGGAGUGCACCUCUGCCAAGGUGUGUGGCGGAAUGCGGCUCCACGGUACAGGACAAUGAUGGAAUACUGUUGUCCCCAAAUUACCCACUGAACUAUGACAACAACCAUGAGUGUAUCUACAGCAUUCAGGUGCAUGCUGGGAAGGGAAUCAACAUUACAGCCAGAGCAUUCCAUCUGGGGCAGGGAGACUACCUCAAGAUCUACGACGGAAAAGACAACACAGCGCAGGUGCUGGGCAUGUUCACAGGGUCCGCCAUGCUGGGCCUGACGCUCAUCAGCACCUCAAACCACCUCUGGCUGGAGUUCUUCUCUGAUGCAGGGGAGUCCACCGGGCAGGGAUUCAGGCUGCUAUACACAAGUUUCGAGCUCUCCCACUGCGAAGAUCCCGGGGUUCCCCAAUUCGGGUUCAAGAUCAGCGACCAGGGCCACUUUUCUGGCAGCAGUGUGGCCUACAAGUGCAACCCGGGCUACACCCUGCAUGGCAGCAGCGUGCUGAGGUGCAUGACAGGAGAGAGACGGGCGUGGGACCACACCCUCCCCUCCUGCAUCGCGGAGUGCGGAGGCAGUUUCAAAGGGGAGUCAUCAGGAAGCAUCCUAUCCCCUGGCUACCCCUUCCCCUAUGACAACAACCUGCGAUGUACCUGGGUCAUCGAGGUGGAGACUGGGAACAUUGUCAGCCUCCAGUUCUUGGCAUUCGAUACAGAGGCAUCCCAUGACAUUCUGCGGAUUUGGGAUGGGCCCGUGGAGAAUGAAAUGCUCCUGCGGGAGGUGAGCGGGUCCCUGCUCCCGGAGAGAGUCCACAGCACCCUCAACCGGGUCACCAUCCACUUUGAGACCGACUUCUAUAUCAGCAAGUCCGGCUUCGCCAUCGAGUUCUCCAGUUCAGUAGCAACAGCCUGCAGAGACCCUGGUGUGCCCAUGAAUGGCAGUCGCUAUGGUGAUGGGAAGGAACCUGGUGACACGGUCACCUUUCUCUGUGACCCGGGUUAUGAGCUUCAAGGAGAAGCGAAGAUUGCAUGCAUUCAAGUGGAGAAUCGAUACUACUGGCAGCCUAGUCCUCCUGUCUGCAUUGCUCCAUGUGGGGGAAAUUUGACAGAUUCUUCCGGGUUCAUCCUAUCCCCAAACUUCCCUCACCCUUACCCUCAUAGCAAGGACUGCGACUGGCUUAUCGCUGUCAAUUCUGACUAUGUCAUAUCCCUGGCAUUCAUCAGCUUCAGUAUCGAGCCUAACUAUGACUUCCUGUACAUCUACGAUGGUCCAGACAGCAGCAGUCAUCUGAUUGGUAGCUUUCAGGACAGCAAGCUGCCCGAAAAGAUCGAGAGCUCCUCCAACACCAUGCACUUAGCCUUCCGCAGCGAUGGCUCCGUGAGCUACACAGGAUUUCACCUGGAGUACAAAGCCAAGCUGCGGGAAUCCUGCUUCGAUCCCGGCGGGGUGAUGAACGGGACCAGACUGGGGACCGACUACAAGCUGGGAUCGUCAGUGACGUUCCGCUGCGCGCCCGGAUACGUGCUGCAGGGCUACUCUACCCUCACCUGCAUGAUGGGGGACGACGGCAGGCCGCAGUGGAACAGGGCCCGGCCGAGUUGCCAUGCUCCUUGUGGAAGUCGGUCCACUGGGACAGAGGGCACAGUCCUGUCACCCAGCUUUCCCCGAAACUACACCGCGGGACACAGCUGCGUCUACGCCAUCUCUGUCCCGAGGGAAUUCGUACUCUUUGGGCAGUUUGUGUUCUUCCAGACCUCUCUGAAUGAUGUGGUUGAGAUCUACGAUGGACCAACACAAGAGACGUCUCUUCUCUCCUCCCUCUCUGGCUCCCAUUCAGGAGAAUCCUUGCCUUUGAGUUCAGGUAAUCAAAUCACGAUCAAGUUCACAGCUGUGGGACCUCAAACUGCGAAAGGCUUCCACUUUGUGUACCAAGCGGUCCCUCGGACCAGCGCGUCCCAGUGCAACUCCGUCCCUGAGCCGCGGUUCGGGAAGCGCAUCGGGAACGAUUUCGGGGUGGGAUCGUCCGUGCUCUUCGAGUGCGCCCCGGGGUACACUCUGCACGGCCCCACGGCCAUCAGGUGCGAGGCCAUCCCUGACGCCCUGGCCCAGUGGAACGACUCCCUGCCCACCUGUGUCGGCAAAGUGGGCGAUGUCGCCGUGGGAGACUGGAGCCCGUUUGAUCCACAGUUAGUGCUUUCCUCCUCUCAGGUGCCCUGCGGUGGCGUCCUGACUGCCCGCAGAGGGACCAUCCUGUCUCCGGGAUACCCCGAGCCGUACGACAACAACCUCAACUGCGUCUGGAGGGUCUCGGUGCCAGAAGGAGCUGGGAUCCAAAUCCAGGUCGUAAGUUUUGGCACGGAGCACAACUGGGACUCCCUGGAUUUCUAUGACGGGGCAGAUCAUAAUGCCCCGAGGCUCGGAAGCUAUUCAGGGACAACAAUCCCUCAGCUUCUGAACAGCACUUCAAACAACUUGUACCUGACCUUCCAAUCGGACAUCAGUGUAUCAGCAGCGGGAUUCCACCUGGAGUACACAGCAAUAGGUUUGGAUUCCUGCCCAGAACCCCAGAGUCCCAACAAUGGAGUAAGAGUGGGCGAGCGCUUUCUGGUAGGCGACGUGGUCUCCUUUCUGUGUGACCCAGGUUACUCUCUGCAGGGUAACACAUAUAUAACAUGUAUGCCUGGACCUGUCAGAAGAUGGAAUUUUCCGGUACCAUUGUGUCUUGCUCAGUGCGGUGGAUCGAGGACUGAUUUCGCUGGCGUGAUCCUGAGUCCAGGUUUUCCCGGGAAUUACCCCAGUGGCCUGGACUGCAGCUGGACCGUUGAACUUCCCGUUGGCUUUGGAAUCCACAUUCAGUUCCUGAACUUCUCCACCGAGGCCAUCCAUGACUACCUGGAGAUCCGCAGCGGUUCACAGGAGAUGGGUUCUGUGAUUGACAGGUUCAGUGGCCCUGUGGUUCCAGAGCCGCUCUUCAGCACCACCCAUGAGACCAGCUUUUUCUUUCACAGUGACUACUCACAGAACAAGCCUGGCUUCCACAUAAUUUACCAGGCAUAUGAGCUGCAGAGUUGUCCUGACCCCCGGCCAUUUCGCAAUGGCAUAGUGAUUGGGGAUGAUUUUGGUGUUGGCCUGACUGUAUCUUUUGAGUGCCUGCCUGGGUACUCCCUGAUUGGAGAGGCCUCGCUCACCUGUCUCCAUGGAGUCAGCCGGACCUGGAACCACCCUGUGCCGCGCUGCGAAGCUCUCUGCGGGGGUAACAUCACUUUGGUGAAUGGGACCAUCUACUCCCCUGGGCAUCCUGCAGAGUACCCCAACUUUCAGGACUGUUUUUGGAACAUCAGGGUACCACCUGGAAAUGGAAUUUACAUCAACUUCACUCUCCUGAGCACUGAACCUAUCUAUGACUAUAUCACUGUGUGGGAUGGACCCGAUCAGAACUCACCACAGGUUGGACAGUUCAGCGGAACCACUGCGCUGGAAGCCGUACAAAGCACCUCCAACCAGGUGCUCAUCAAGUUCCACAGCGACUUCAGUGGCAGCGGCUUCUUUGUCCUCCGUUACCAUGCUUACCAGCUUAGAGUCUGCCAGCCUCCCUCAGCUGUCGCUAAUGCAGAUAUCCUGACAGACGAUGAUGAAUUUGAAAUCGGUGACAUCAUCAGGUACCAGUGCCAUCCUGGGUUCACGCUGGUGGGAAAUGAGAUCUUGACCUGCAGGCUGGGGGAGAGGCUACAGAUGGACGGGUCUCCACCCACAUGCCAAGCUCAGUGCCCAGCCAGUGAGGUGCGCUUCGACUCGACGGGGGUGAUCCUCAGCCCCGGCUACCCAGACAGCUACCCCAACCUGCAGACCUGCUCCUGGACCAUCAGUGUGGAGAAGGGCUACAACAUCACCCUGUACUUUGAGCUGUUCCAGACUGAGAAGGAAUUUGAUAUCUUGGAAAUCUUUGAUGGUCCUACCAUUCACAGUCAGAGUCUGGCUGCCCUAAGCGGUGACCACCCUACACCCUUCAACAUCUCCACCACUGGCCACCAGCUUUUCCUGCGCUGGUCCUCUGACCAUGGCACCAACAAGAAGGGCUUCAACCUCAGAUAUGUCGGUGAGUAUCAAACUCUGUACUGCAGCACCCCUGACUCACCGCCCCAUGGGUCGGUCCUCAGCCAGACGGGAGGCUAUCUGAACAGCGUGGUGCGCUGGGCCUGCGACCGCGGCUACCGGCUCAUCGGCAAGAGCUCGGCCGUCUGCAGGAAGACGCCGUACGGCUACUACACCUGGGACUCGCCUGUCCCGGCCUGCCAAGCUGUGUCCUGUGGAAUACCCAAAGCCCCUGCGAGCGGGGGUGUGCUGAGUGCAGAUUACUCCGUGGGCACGCACGUCACAUACUUUUGCCACGACGGCUACAGGCUCUCCUCCAAGGAGCUAACGACCGCCGUGUGCCAGCCCGACGGCACCUGGAGCAACCACAAUAAAACCCCCCGCUGCUCAGUGGUGACCUGUCCCAGCAUCGGCUCUUUCACGCUGGACCACGGGAGGUGGAGAAUCGUCAACGGAUCAAAUUACGAGUACAGGACCAAGGUCAUCUUCACCUGUGACCCGGGGUACUUCCGCCAGGGCCCCGCCCACGUACAGUGUUUGGCCAAUGGAGUGUGGAGCUGGCGUAACGAGAGGCCGCACUGCCAGAUUGUUUCCUGCGGCGAGCUCCGCACACCCCCACACGGGAGGAAGAUUGGGACGCAGAAUACCUUUGGAGCCACGGCUAUAUUCACAUGCGAGCAGGGAUAUGUGCUGCUGGGCUCUACCGUGCGGGAGUGCCUGUCCUCUGGACUUUGGAGUGGGACAGAGACCCAGUGCCUCGCGGGUCACUGUGGUAUCCCGGAGCAAAUUGUGAACGGUCAGGUGAUAGGGGAGAAUUUCGGCUACCGGGACACAGUGGUGUACCAGUGCAUCCCCGGCUUCCGCCUCAUUGGCUCCUCGGUCCGUAUCUGCCAGCAGGACCACAGCUGGUCCGGGCAGCUCCCAGCGUGUGUGCCCAUCAGCUGUGGCCACCCGGGUAGCCCCAUCUAUGGGCGCACCAUCGGCAAUGACUUCAACCUCAACGACGUGGUGACCUUCUCCUGCAACACGGGCUACACCCUGGAGGGGCCGUCGCGAACUCAGUGCCAAGCCAACCGGCAGUGGAGCCAGCCCCCGCCAGUCUGCCGAGUGGUGAAUUGCUCAGAUCCUGGUGUCCCAGCCAAUGCUGUCAGGGAGAGUAAGAUCGGACAAGGGAACUUCACCUACGGGACGGUGGUGUUCUAUGUCUGCAGUCCGGGUCAUUUCCUGUUUGGCUCAUCCGUGCUUACCUGCCAGCCGACUGGACAGUGGGACAGGCCCUUACCUGAAUGCAUAGUCAUCAACUGUGGUCAUCCGGGCUCCCCACCCAGUGGAGUUCUGACGGGGGAUAAGUUCACGGUCGGAUCGACUGUGUAUUACUCGUGCUCAGACGGUCGGGAGCUGAAGGGUCCUGCGUCCCGCACCUGCCAGCCCAAUGGCCACUGGAACGCCUCCAUGCCGCACUGUUCAGGUGACACUGCUGGUUCUUGUGGAGACCCAGGCACUCCUGCUCAUGGAAGCAGAGAGGAGAGCAGUUUUAGGGUUGGUGGUAAAGUGCGCUUCACUUGCUCCACGGGCUCCACACUGUACGGUUCAGCUGAGCGGAUGUGCUUCCCUAAUGGCACCUGGUCCGGGAAGCAGCCCACCUGUAAACCGGUGCACUGUGGGAAUCCUGGCACCCCCGCUAACAGCCGUGUGUUCCACAUGGAGGGAACUAGCUACUCCCACUCCAUUGUUUACACUUGCAUGGACCAGUACCUGCUUUCAGGGUCACCUGUGCGGCAGUGCCUGGCCAAUGGCACAUGGUCUGGCAACCCACCAAACUGCACCAUGAUAACCUGUGGUGACCCAGGGACACCAGCCAAGGGUCUGAGGUAUGGAGACGACUUUUCAGUCGGGCAGAAUGUCACAUUCCUGUGCCACCCUGGGUUCAUCAUGGAUCCUGCCGAUUCUGCUACCCGCUCCUGCACUCUCAAUGGCACCUGGAGUGGAGUCACGCCCACCUGUACAGCUGUGACCUGUGACUCACCCCCUACAAUCUCUAAUGGGUUAGUGGAGGGUGCAGAUUUUCAGUGGGGUUCCAGUGUGAGUUACAGCUGCUCAGCAGGGUAUGAGCUGUCCUUUCCUGCAGUCCUCACCUGCGUGGGUAGUGGUUCCUGGAGUGGUGAUCUGCCUCAGUGCCUGCCCAGAUUCUGUGGGGACCCCGGCAUUCCGGUGCAGGGUACGAGGGAAGGACGCAGUUUCAUCUACCAGUCGGAGGUGUCCUUCAGCUGCAGCGCCCCCUACAUCCCCGUGGGCUCCACAACGCGCAUCUGCCAAGCCGACGGCACCUGGAGCGGGACCCAGCCGCGAUGCAUAGAACCAACCCGCACUACAUGUGAGAACCCUGGAACACCUCGGCAUGGCUCUCUGAACAGAACCUCGGGCUUCAAGGUGGGCAGUGUGAUACAUUUCCAGUGCCAGCCCUCUUACCUUCUACAGGGCUCAACCACCCGACUGUGUCAGCCCGACUUCACCUGGAGCGGUUCCCAGCCUGAAUGCAUCCCCCAUUCCUGCAAGCAGCCAGACAGCCCCUCUCAUGUGAACGUAGUGGGAAUGGACCUGCCUGGCUUUGGGUACACCCUUGUCUACAGCUGCCAGAAUGGCUUCUUCCUUUCUGGGGGAUCUGAGCAUCGGGUGUGCAGGUCCGACGGGAUGUGGACGGGGAAAAUGCCAGUGUGCCGAGCUGGCUCAAAAUUGUCUGAGAAAACAAUUAAACCUGUACCAGGAACACCAAGUCCCAAAAUAACUGUGCCUGAUGAUGUCUUCACUCCUGACUACAUCUGGAAAGGCUCAUAUGAAUACAGAGGCCGGAAGCACCCAAUGACAUUGACUGUCACAAGCUUUAAUAUGACCACGGGGAGGGUCAACGUUACACUGACGAACAGUCAUAUGGAGCUGCUGCUGUCAGGAGUUUAUAAAAGCCAGGAGGCGAGGCUAAUGCUCUUUGUGUACCACGCGACAGCAGCAUCUCACGUGGUGCUGAGCAGGAUUAAAGACCAGACCUGGUCCAUGGACGGUUUUGUUUCAGCAGAACCCGAUGGUGCCACCUAUGUGUUCCAAGGCUUCAUACAGGGUAAAGACUACGGCCAGUUCGGACUGCAGAGAAUAGGUCUGAACGUGUCACAGAGCGAUAACUCCUCCAGUACUCCCUCUGGUACCAGCAGUGCCUCUGUUGCCAUAGCAAUCCUCGUGCCUUUUCUCGCCCUGAUAUCUGCAGGCUUUGGGUUUUACCUCUAUAAACAGCGGACCACACCUAAGAUGCAGUAUUCAGGCUGUUCACCGCAUGAGAACAACAACGGCCAGGCAGCCUUUGAAAACCCCAUGUACAACACCAACGCAAAAUCCAUAGAAGGAAAAGCUGUUCGAUUUGACCCCAACCUCAACACUGUCUGCACAAUGGUUUAACAAAGUUGGCAAAGUGGACGUCUUUUUUGUUCUAAUGCUUUGCCAAGAUAAAUGUCGUCACGCUUCUGAGUCCAGAAGAUGCACGUCCACGUAUAUUUUAAAGCACACUUUUCAGGAACCAAUGAACGAUGUGCAUCGGAAAGACAUCGGAGUCCUAUAUCAACUGAUAUUGAUAUCGACUGAUGAAAACCCAUCUUCACAACUACGAGUGGAGUUAUCUUUCCUUACCUUAUAUGCACUCUGAGAGUGCUUUUUUAAAUUUAACCUAUCUGUAAAUCUACUUGCAUAUAUAUGAGGAGCAUUCACCACCUAUAUUUUUGUGCUAUAUAUAAAACAUAAAUAUAUAUAUAUAUAUAAAUAUAAAGCAUUGGGGUGGACGUGAGUUGAUAACGCCGAUUCAGAUAUGCCUUUCACUUCACAGAAAUGGCAGAAUCCUGUUUCAGUGAGUCUCUUCACAAGCCUCUUAGUUUCAUACACUUCCUUGCUUCAGUUUUCUUAAAAAGAGAUGAGACAGUGGUGAUAGACUGUGGUACCCCUUAUGAAUGCCUGAAUAUGGAACAGAUAGAAUAAAGAAAUAUGGUCGCACCCUAAAUUCCCAUUGCUGCAUAUAUGCUGUCCAUAGUUUUCUUUGUUAGUUGCUAUUUUUGUCUCAUGCCUUUGAGUAAAUUAUCCCAUCAGCUCUAAUGGACUGACUCAGUAUUUUACCCUGCAUUUUUCAUGUCUAAAAUUAUUAUAUUAUGCUGUACAUGAGUCGCAAAGCAGUGUUUUGUAGGGCUGUUUUUUUCAGAUAUUAGUACAUCUUAUCAUGGACUACAGAGAUGUCUCUAUUUAUGCCAUAUGCUAACAUAAUCAUUGUUUUGUCAUGACAGCUUGACAUUUACUCAACCAGAAAUACACUGAAUGUGUUUGUGACCUGUGACUGAUUCAGUCCAUACUGCUCAUUUCAUUAUUUAUAAUUUAUUUAUUCAGCUUACAGGGAAACUAUACCAGGCACCUAUUACAGCUGAGCAUUGUCUGUUGGGUCUAAAGACAGAGAUGCUUUGAUUUAGUUUGUCCUUUAAAAUCACUGCACUAGACUAAUUGUUCACAUUUGUUUGUAAGUCGAUGUAUUUGUUCAUUCAUUAUUCACAUAUAGCCUAAGUUGUACCUAUUUACCAUUCUUCUGUACUUGUGGAAGUGGUAUUUAUUAUUAUUAUUAUUAUUAUUAUUAUUAUUAUUAUAUAUAUAUAUAUUAUACAUGAUUCAGUCACUAUAUAGUCGUACUUAGUUUAGUAAAUUCCAUCUCUCAUUUUUUUCAAUGAAUCAAAGAUGAGGUUUGCACCAACAUUCAUAGGUGAAGUAGGAAAGGGUUUAGUAGAAGAUUCAAAAACAUAUAAUUCAUUACAGUGCCUUGUACAUUAACCCUUAGCAGAUGCAUCUCAUUCAGUAAGAGACAACAGAACUGGGAUAUGUAUUUAAAUUAUUUCAGACUGAUGGUUGUGGACUUUAAAUUUGGUUAUGCAUCGAAAUGGUGUGAUCAGUGAAUCAUUGUUUAUUUAUCUGAAUCAAUGAACUUUUUAUACAAGUGGAAAACCCUUCAUAUUGGGCCUAUAUGAUCACAUGCAAAUUUAUAAUUAUUAUCCAAUUUCUCAGUGUUUAAGUAGUCUAAAUUCUUUAACAUCUACCAAAAAAUUCCCAAACCCAAUGCUGCUACUUCCUCCAUUUCCGUGUAUUUAUUUAUUUCUGUUUCUGAAUUAAAGGUUUGAAUAUAUAGUUGUGUUAUGCAAUUUCUUUGAGUUCACCCUGAAAGCUGUUUUUCCAUUGUUUUUUUGUUGCAUUGCUUUCCUGUUAAUGACUGCAAUAAAUGCAAACACCCAUGGACACUUUCACUCACAAUUAGAAUUGUCUGCCGUACAGCUGGGUACUCCUCGUAUGUGAAUGCAUUUGAAAGAAAAUAAACGAAACAAAAGAUAUUUAAACAAGCUCUUUUUUGUAAAAAAAAAAAUAUAUUUUUACUACAAAAUCAUUUGUAAAAUUAUGAAUCUGUUGUGUAAAUUUAAAAAAAAUAUUAAAAGAAAUAACUAUUGCUUUUGUAA